GUUGGUGGUCCGCAAGUACGAGGCUCGCAUUACACCCUUCUGGGUGAGCUACGAGGUGGUGGUGUGCGGCCUCAUGUUGGCAUGCCUGGUGACGCUGUUCGUUUAAUCAGGACGGCCAGCCAGGCGCCCACUGAGCAGAGGUAUGACGUGUAUGACGCCCCAAGGCUUGCUAGUGCACGCUUCUUCAUGUUGCGGCGCAACGGCAGUAGCGUGGCCACUGCGGGCACUACUGCUACAGCAGACAAGUCAUCUUCAACCCCUGGUCCCGGAGAGGCGGGUCGCUGGGCGGUUCCGGAGGAUCCCAAUGGGCUGCAGCAGCUGGCCGGGAUGCAUGCAGGAAUCAACAACAUGCGUGACCUGUGGGUUACGUACAACAUGCUACAGGGUGUGGUGAUGGUGCUCCUUAUUGUGCGAUGGGUGCAUCACCUCUCCUUCCAGCCGCACCUCUCCAUCAUCUCCGGCACCCUUGCCCGUAUGCUUCCUGACCUGGCUACAUUCGUCCUUGUGAUGUUAGUCAUCCUCGUCAUGUUUGCUAGCCUUCUACAGCUUUUGUGGGGCAAUGUUACAGCCGAACUGGCGACUCUUUCAGACGCAGUUAUAUGGGCGUUUUCCUACAGCAUCAAUGGUGCUGGGCUGGAUACCCUUGAUGCAACGGUUAUGGAUCCCGCCAACCAAGCUAAUGCUGCAUACACCUUCCUGGGUUGGGUGGUGUGCUUACUGGGCCCACUACUUUUCUACUUCACCUUAAUCAACUUUGUCCUUGCACUUCUGUUUCUCCCAUUUGGGCUCCUCAAGGCUGCUAACAAGCACGAGCCAUGGAUUUGGGAACAAAUUCGCCUGCUGUUUCUGUGGUACUGGCAGCGUCUAUCAGGGGUUGCGCCAAGCAACAAGGAGAUGAUGAAGCUGGUGGUUCACACCUUAAAACACAAGGCCUCCAAACCGCCCAAGGUGACUCUGCCACACCUGAGGAUCAGUCGUCGUAUCCUACAUCAUUCUUCGGCAGAUUCAGACAUUAACACGCCGGUCACAUCACAGGGGCAAGUAAUCCUCGAAGGCUUGGGACCGAACCAAUGCGCUGGUGGGCUUGCACAGCAGGACAGCAGCAGGACACCCAAAGUUGAAGUGGGUGGUAAGCGUGUUAGUGCACAAGAACUGGAGGUGUUGCUCGGCACGUUAAGCCAUCAGCAGCAGCACCAUGGUCAACAGGAAAGCAGCCAUCAGGCAGUCACGUUGUCCCCUCAUUCACCCUCCCCUGCCUCCUCCACCUUACCCACCUCCUCUCCUCAACGCUCCCUUCUUGUGGCCCUAGUAGCUGCUCAGCUGCUGAAGAGGCUGGGUAAGCCAUUAAGUAGCAGCCAAAGAGGUGGGGACAGCAGCAUACUGCAGCAGCAGACAGGGCCAGCAGCUAAUGCGCAAGCCGACCCUGAGGUCAAAACAGGCAUCACGGGUCAUGCGGCACAGUUAUCCAGUUCUGAGCAAGCAGGACCGGUAGCAGAAGGCUUGGAGGCACAGCCGGAUGGUGUGGAGUCCCCCGUUGCUGAGGAGCCAGUGGUGUGUUUUAGCGAGCCGUCCAUGUCAGCAUCUCCUGUUGCUGUUACGUGCAACACUACAGAGCCUGAGUCAGCCGCUUCACCAGCAGCAGCAGUCGCCAUGCAGCGCAGCCGCUUUGGAGAGCUGAACGUUAUCCUUCCUGGCAGCAUAGCGCCCUCGCCUGCAGUGCUUGAGCUGCCAGCUGACACAACACUGCCAGACGUUACCGCUAAUGUUACAGUAGUGGCCGUAUCUGGUGAGCAUAUGCACGGGGUGGAUAGUAGUACUGCUGCUGGAACUUGGAGGGAGGACCCGAAAGGUUCCGACCGUCAUUGGCCGCAGAUAUCAUCUGGUGGUGCAGAGCCAGAGCAGAAGCCGCUUUCCCAGCAGUGGCGAGCUUCUCAGCAGGGCAGGUUGACAUUCAACUUGGACAGGCUGAGGACUGAGCUCGCGGGGCAAAGACCAGCUGCUGGGCGGCGGCUGAUGUUGCAUUCCCUCACAGGCGUUGCAGGUCGCGUGCCCCCCUCCCAGACAGCAUCCGUGCGGCCUGCAUCCGGCCACCGUGUUUCUGCAUGGUCAUGUGCCGGUGCUUAUGCCGGGUUGAGACCCGCUGGGACGCCGGACACUGCAACCCAAUCUCAGCCUCUCCAGAAGAAGGUCAGCAGCAGUCGUUUCUCUGCAGUGGUUGUUCCGCAUAAGGGGCCCACAGCAGUUGCUGGCGCUAGUUGGGAAGGUCCUGCAGCCUCCGCUGCGGCCGAACAUGGUGGAACGCCUACCACCUUCACCUCAGUCGUACCGCUUGAAGACAUGCCCCAAGGCAAGCUGACACGACCCGAUACUCAUGGAGCUGCUUGGGGCGUCAGUGGCAUAGAUUCCAUCAUCCGCCAGGAGGGUCGAGCCGACCUCCUUGGUCCACAGGGGCUUCAGCAGGAGCAACAGGGGGCCCAGCAGCUACCACUGCAACCCACCCAGGAGGAGGCUGUUGCAGUGUUUGCCCCUCCAGGGCGCACAUGGAGAGCGCUUGUGGUGGCGGCAGCAGCAACCGCUGCUGCCAAUGCCAGCAUGAACACUACUAGCAGCGUUGCUCCCCUUGCCCAACCCAGCACGGCAUGCACAAGUCCUGCGGUCGCUGUUCCUGAAGACACCCGUGCAGGAUGUCAGGAGGAGGAGGGCGGCAGCGCCAGUGGCGGCUCACCGGCGCCUCCAGAAAUACGCGCUAACAGUGUCGCAGCAGUGCCCUUGGAGCGUGUUAAGCUACCCUCCUCGCCAGCAAGGGAAGGCCAACCUGUUGAGCACCAGCACCAGCAGCAAUUACAGCCACUGCUGGCCUCAACUGGUCACCAGCAACAAGGUCAAUGGCUGCUGCAGCUACCCGGUGUUGGUGACACUGAUUUCUGCCGACGUGUGGCUGAUGCUGCCGUUGCUCUUGGCAUGACCUCCACCGUGCUAGCAGCCAUCGAAGCCUUGCUGAAAGAAUACGAGUCCCUACGUGCGCAGCAGGGCUCCAUGCAAGCCGAGCAACAGCUGCUGGCUGCCGGCCUGAACUACUUGAUAGUGCGUAUUGCUGCGGUGGGGCGUAACAAGGGAUGGCGUUAGCCGGAGCUUAUGGCUGCCCCUACCUCUUCCGGUUAAGCAGCAGGGGCAACAGUGGGGUGCAGAUUGUUCUUGUUGAAUUGGACGGUUCACAUGCUGCGGUGUGAUGCAUUUAUUGUGUUCCAUGCACGCAUUAUCGGUUGUGAAGCCAAAUUUACAGCGCCUGAUUCCAAACCAUCCACCGCUCAGGCGUCUCAUGCAACCGUCGGGCAUGUCAUUUAUUGUAGGAUUAAAAAAGAGUGUUUGGGUGCUUGGUACCACGCUUACCCCUGCGCUUACCCCUACGUUUUACUGCUGGACUUGUGGACUGUGUGCGCUGCCAACGCAAUGACCUCUAGUUGCUGGUUAUAAUGGGUUUGCGAGUAACCGUGCGGUCGAGUUUAGAUCCUGCGCGACUCAGGCUUAGGGAGGGUGUUUCCGCAUCCGUCACAUUUCGUACCGGUAUACACACCUGCUUGGAACACAGCGGCACGACAUACUUUAAAUUACAAUGACCGUGUUAAUUAUCGCAAAGUGCUACACGCUGUUGUCGCAUGCCUGACCGCGUUCAUGCCUGUGUUUUUGUAGUUGGCAAGUGUCAAGUUGCUGGAAGGUGUGCUAUCUACAGCAACAGGGCUGGUGAGGGAUAAACGAAGACUAAUUGACCUGUUCAGAAUAGUAAGCAAGGAUACUGCAGAAAUACCUCGCAUUUUCAUUUGCUGUGUAGGAGUGGCUGGGACGAUCCAGAUCCGAUUCAGAUCAAGGUCAAUGUUGAGCGUUUGUGUUCAUGAUUUUCCCAAGUAAGGGGUGAGAGUGGGAGUCCUUCGGUUUAUUUGUGUGCUGGGAACGAGGGACGAAUUUACACGUGGUGUAAGUGCCUUUUUGUGAAAUAGCCGUGCAGAAACUGCAUUUGGAGGUAUGCCAAGAAAACCGACCGGGUAUGUGUGUUCGUUCUUAUGAUAAGGUUGCUCACAGGAUGUGUUAGGUCAGGGACUUAUCUCAGACCGUAUCUGAUCUCAGAUCCGUCAAUCCUUGCAAGCUAGGCGGCUAUCUACCGGUAAUGCGUGCACCCCUGGCUGCCCGGCGCCAGGGCGUGCACGUGAGCCGCUGAUUAUACGCGUAUUCCAAACUGAUCAGCAAGCUUUAUUGCGUACUCUUGAGAGAUGAAUGUUGUCAAAUGGCUAUGCUCCUCGAACGAGGCCCGUGCCACCUGUUUUUGAGUACCGUACAUUGAGUGUCGGUGUCUGCCAAUAGUCUUAGCGUUCACUCAAAAUUGUCCGGGCCGAGGCGUUAUGUAGUGCCCUAGGCAGGUGAGGACUUCAGGACUAGAAGGGCUCCAACAGUCGUCUAGUAGGAAGCGGAAGUUACACUGGAGGACAGUAGGAAGCGAGGAUUACACUGGAGGACAGUAGGUGUGGAUUUAGUUCGAAUGCGUGCAAUAUAUGUAUACAUGACACAGUAAGCAUGUUCUGGG